UCCCGAAAGGCGAAAACCGAUAGUAAAGAACUGCACAAAGGGAAGAGAGAAAAACAAAGAGAAUACAUAUAUAGAGAGAUUUAGAGGGGGAGAGAGAGAGAGAGGGGGAAGAGAGAGGGGGAAGAGAGGGUUUUCGUGUGGAAGGGGAGCUUAGAUGAGAUAUCUUCUCGUAACAGCGAAGUAUUCUGCAGAACUGAACGAGCGGCGAGGCGAGACACCCAGUGUGUUCCUCUCGAUCUGAAUUGCGAGAGUCGCGAAGUUUCAGGGGAGACAGCGAGGGAGAGAGUAUGAGCAGCGGAGCGAGUACUAACACUAAUGGGAAGGGCAAUAAUGGGGUUCCAUCGAUCCCGGCAGCGUCGAGGAAGAUGGUUCAGAGCUUAAAGGAGAUUGUAAACUACCCUGAACAUGAGAUCUACGCUAUGCUCAAAGAAUGUAACAUGGACCCUAACGAUACCGUUCACAGGCUGCUCUCCCAAGAUCCUUUUCAUGAGGUGAAGAGCAAACGAGAAAAGAAAAAAGAGAUCAAGGUGACAGCUGAACCUAGAUCUCGAGGGGUCAGUAGUACUUCAAAUCGAGGAAGGGGAGGUACUGACCGUAAUGUGGGACGUGGUGGCCUCACUAGCGAGACUGGAGGUUUGCGUGGUAAACCUGCAUACAAGAAAGAAAAUGGAGCAAAUGCUUUUCCAAGUUCUUCAUCUUCUGCAUCCGGUAUGGUGGAAACUACUAUCAAUAGACGGCCUACAUCUAGCAGCGAUUUGGUUGCUGCUGAAAGUAAAACACAGACAACAAGCACAGGUGAUGGUAUCUCAUUGGCAUCACAACCUUCUCCGGGAUACCAGCCUGCCUGGUUGGGGGUCCCAGGCCAAGUUUCAAUGGCUGAUAUUGUGAAAAUGGGUCGGCCGCAGAACAAAGUUUCCACUAGUACACCGGUUGUGACAAAAGAGACUUCUUAUGCACAAUAUAAUGCGGUUUUACCAAAUGUGUCCCAACAUACUGUGAAGCAUCCCCCGUUUUCUGGAAAUCUUUCAGAGGAACCACACCAUGACUUGCAUUCAUCACAAGGUGCUGCUUCCACGUUUUCAGAGGUAGUCCAAAAACCAGAUGCUGCUGGAAGCCAUCAUGUUUCUCAUGACGAAUGGUCGUUGGGUGAUAAGUCGGUGGCUACUAGUGGAUCCUCUGUCUUAGAACCAACUGUUGACUCUGAGGCAUAUGGUGAUCAAUCUGAUGCAUGUGUUGAUAGAACUAGUCUGCAUCUGAAUUCCAGAUCAGAUGAUGUCCAAGUGCCAGGUGAAGACACUACUGUUGAAAAUAUUAGCACUGAACAAAUUGAGUCUAUUUCUAGUAGGAACAUUCAGGAAGAUAAUUCUGGUGGUACAUCCCAUUUUGACAACACCUCUUUCCAGAAUAUGGGUUCCUAUCAGCCUCACAGGCAUGCUUUUGAGCAUGAGGAAGCUGAGGAUGUCACUGUAGCUGUGUCGUCAGCUGCAGCAAGCUUACAGCAACUGAAUUUACAAAAGGAGGAGCUAAGACCGUCCUCUGCUGAGGUUAACCCUGCUGUGAUAAUUCCAGAUCAUCUGCAAGUUCCAACUGCAGCUGAGGUUAACCCUGCUGUGAUAAUUCCAGAUCAUCUGCAAGUUCCAACUGCAGAUUGCUCACAUUUGAGCUUUGGUAGCUUUGGAUCUGGUAUUAGUGCAUCUUUUUCUGGGUCAUUUGCAUCUAAACCCUUGAAGGAUAACAUGGAGGAGGCCCCCCUAUCACUUGAUGCUUCAUCAGUUGGCCACUCAGAUACUAGAAAUUCUGAGUACUAUGGAGAUGAACAUCUUAGAUCCACUUCAGAUGGAAAUUUAGCUCCUAGAGCUGGUGCUGGAACUGGAAAUUUUGACUCACCAUCUUCUUCACAACCAGAGGUUUUGAAACCAGAUAAUGCUGAAUCUACACAUGGACAUCAGUACAGCUUUCCGUCUUCUGUACCUGGUUACACAUUUGAAAACACGGCACAACCAAAUGCUGGACUUUCUUAUGCACAAACGAACUCUCAAAUGCAGAAUCUUGCUCCUUUUUCAAGCGUAAUGCAAGCAUAUACAAGUUCUUUACCAAGUAAUUUAUUGGCAUCAAAUGUGCAACCAGCAAGAGAAUCUGAUACUCCCUACUCACCAUUCCUUGCAACACAAUCAAUGCCCACAAAAUACAGCAACACAGUAUCUUCCAUCAGUGGUCCUACCCUUUCUAUGCCAGAGGCAGUGAAGCCAGGCAUUUUUUCUACUGCCCAGCCUACUCCACAAACCUUGCCUGGUAGCAGCAUUGCCACAGGACCUGCUCUUCCCCAACACUUGGCAGUGCACCCUUACUCGCAACCAACUCUCCCAUUGGGACACUUUGCCAACAUGAUUGGUUACCCUUUUCUUCCCCAGAGCUACACAUAUAUGCCCUCUGCUUUCCAGCAAGCAUAUGCAGGUAACAGUGCAUAUCAUCAAUCUCCAGCUGCAGUACACAGUGCUGGCGUAAAAUACACACUCCCACAAUAUAAAAAUAGUGUUUCCGUGAGCAGCUUGCCUCAGUCUGCUGCUGUUGCUUCCGGUUAUGGAGGCUUUGGGAAUUCAACAAACAUUCCUGGAAAUUUCCCGUUGAAUCCUUCCUCCACCCCUGCAAGCACAACAAUUGGCUAUGAUGAUGUUAUAAGCUCUCAGUACAAGGAUGGCAACCAAUUCAUCCCUCUUCAGCAGAAUGAGAAUUCCGGAAUGUGGGUUCAUGGGCUGGGUUCUAGAACGAUGUCAGCACUUCCAGGUAGCACAUAUUACAGCUUUCAGGGGCAGAGUCAACAGCAUGGCGGAUUUCGACAAGGUCAACAACCUUCACAGCAUUAUGGAGCUCUAGGGUACCCAAAUUUCUAUCAGUCUCAGACAGGGGUCUCACAGGAACAUCCUCAGCAAAACCCAAAUGAUGGGACCCUUGGUGGUUCUCAAGGUGCAUCUGCUAAGCAAUCACACCAGAUCUGGCAACACAACUACUGAUCAGCCCUCAAUGGCUUUUCAGGGUUUUGUUGUGAGUUGAAAGUGGCCAGUCAGUCAAGUUGUGGUUACGGUUCCAUUAAGUAUGUGCUUUCGAGUGUUCUAUUCUGGUCAACUGUACAUGCUUAAAAUAGCACUUGAAUGGCUACUGCCCUGUGCCUUGAGGUUGUAUUCUACGUCUCUUGUCGGGGAAUGUUUUCUUAACUUAGGAACGUGUUGCUAAUUUGGGUUUAGUUUCAUUUUUCUUACCUUUGUUUUUCAUAGUGAGGGAAGGCUCUGUCUGGACAGUAGAGUCCUCUGUAAUAGUUAUAUUAUGAAGAUUAGCUAACCAUAGUUUUCACCCCCGCCAUGUGUACUAAUUAUUCGAAAAGUUUUCUCAAGUUCUUUUUUUGGUGCCACUUGUAUUUGUUAAAAAAGUCUUUCAACUUUGUCUAAUCUAAUAGUGAGGUUGAUCUAA